AUGCUGGGAGAUGUAGUUUAUGCUCUCACAACUAUAAUUCUUUUUGGUCGAAUCACGGGAUUAUUUGCCACAAAAUCAUUUUCUGUUGAUUGUCAUAAUCAAUAUGAAAAUUUCGUCUCUACAAUUAUCAAUAAUAGUGUAUGUCCUUUUGGUAUUGAUCUUAAUCCAUUUAAUUAUGAUCGAUUACAUAAACUAUGUCAUUAUGAUAAUAAAAUUGUUCCAUCGACAUUAUCUCCAAUAACACCUUUAUUUCGAGAAAAUGUCAUGCAUUUAGUUUAUUUGUUCUUCGGUUUAAGUAUUCUUGGAUUUCUAUGUAUUUCUCUUAAUUAUAUCUGUUGGACAAUUGCUACGAAACGACAAACAUCUCGAAUGAGUAUUUUACUCUUUCGAUCACUUAUUCAACGCGUCAUUACUAAAGAAACAGAAGAACAAUUAAAUACAUAUUCAAAAGCUGAACAAAUCGCCCAAGAAGUAUUUAGUUCAUUAAGAACUGUUCUUUCAUUCAAUGGACGUAAAUACCAACAAAAACAAUAUGAAAAAGAAUUAAAAUUAAAUGAAUGGUUUACUGUUCGCAAAGAUAUUGCAUUUGGUACUUUUUUUGGUUGGUUAUUUUUUAUAAAUUUUCUAGUUUAUUCAAUUGGUUUCACUUUUGGUUCUAUUCUUAUGUCUGAUGACACUCAUCAUACACUGACUAUUAGUGAGAUUCUUAUUGUUGUAAAUAUGUUUGCACAAGCUUUAGGUUUUCUUAAUGCAAUUGGACCUUUUUUUCAAUCAAUUUCGGAAGCUCAAGGUGCAGCAGUAUCCGUAUUUCGACUUAUUGACGAAGUACAUGAUGAAAAUCUGAAUGAAAGAGAAAUAUUGGAAGAGAACAUAUCUGAUGAAAAAUCAAUUUCUAAUAUCAAUGGUGAUAUUGAAUUUGACAAUGUUAGUUUUAGUUAUCCAUCAAGAGAAAAUGCAACAGCUUUGAAUAAUCUUAAAUUGAUUGCUCGUGCUAAUCAAACAACUGCUCUUGUAGGUUCAAGUGGUUGUGGAAAAAGUACAUGUGUAUCACUUCUUCUUCGCCACUAUAAACCUUCUUCAGGCACAAUUAGGAUUGAUGGUCAAUCAAUUACAGAUUAUAAAAUUAAACAAUUUCGUCAAAAUAUUGGAGUUGUCAGCCAAGAACCUAUUCUAUUUGGAAUAAGUAUUUAUGAAAAUAUUCGUUUUGGUAAAAUGAAUGCAACACGUGCAGAGAUUGAACAUGCAGCAGAGCAAGCUAAUGCACAUAAAUUCAUUAUGAAAUUACCAAAUAAAUAUGAAACACUUGUUGGUGAACGUGGUAUACAAUUGAGUGGUGGUGAAAAACAACGUAUUGCAUUAGCUCGUGCACUUGUCAAGCAACCCAGUAUUCUUUUGUUAGAUGAAGCAACAAGUGCACUUGAUAAUGUUAGUGAAAAAAUUGUUCAAGAAGCACUUGAUCGAGCAUGUAAAGAUCGUACAACUAUAGUUAUUGCUCAUCGUUUAACUACGAUUCAAAAUGCUGAUUAUAUCUAUGUAUUAGAUAAAGGAAGUGUAAUUGAAGAAGGCACACAUGAAACAUUAUUGAAAAAAGAAGGAGGGAAAUAUCAAACAAUGGUCAAAAUGCAACAAUCUAUAAAAACGAUUCAUACACAAGAUGAAUUAAUGAAUAUAGCAAAAGCAGCAGCUGAAGAUGAAGAACAACUAUUGGAACGUGUUCGUCUAUUGAGUGAGAGCGAAGCAAUUGAUAUAAAUCGGAGAGCUUCGUUAUCAACACGAGAAAAAUCUGUCUUUGUUAGACUCUUGAAGAUGAAUAGUCCUGAAUGGAUGUUUAUCUUGAUUGGUUGUUUAGUAUGUUUACUUGGUGGAUUACGUGGACCAGUCUUCUCAAUUCUAUUCGCAAAAAUAAUCAAUGAAUUUAAUGAUUGUAAAUAUACUGAUAUACGUCGUCGAGUAUUGAUUACAAGUGGUAUAUUCCUUCUUUUCGGCGCUGCUUUUCUGAUUCUUCGUUUUUUCCAAUUUUUGACUUUUGGAAUCGCAGGAGCGAAAUUGGUUAGUCGUAUUCGUUCAAAAGCUUUCUCAUGUUUUCUUCGUCAAGAAGUCGCUUAUUUUGAUCGACCUGAAAACAGUUCAGGUGCAAUAUGUAAUCAACUGUCUUCUAAUGCAGCUGUUAUUCAAGACAUGGUUGGUUCAAGAUUAGGUGUUAUUUGUGAAACUUUAUCCAUGUCUGCUAUUGGUGUCUUGCUUGGCUUGUUUUACAAUUGGCAAUUAACAAUAAUCAUAUUUAUUCCUUUCGUUAUUCUACUAAUCGCCUUUAUUAUACAAAUACGGUUGAGUUCAUGGUUAAAAUCACAGUCUGAUCUCAUUUAUUGUCAAGCUAGCACGCUUGCUGUUGAAGUUCUUACUAAUAUGCGCACAGUAAAACAGUUAUCAAUAGAAAAUGAAGUUUUACGACAAUAUUCGAAUAUGAUUGAUCAAGUAUUACGGAUUUCUGCUUUUGCAAUGUUCGCAUUAGAAUCACUAAAAGUUGUUCAAAUGUUAGCACAACGUAUGGGUACAUCAUUAACUGCUGCACACGCAUUUUUUGAUCUAUUUGAUCGAAUACCAACUAUUGAUAAUGGAUUAAAUAAAGGCCAAGAAUUGGUUAAUUUUCGUGGAGAAGCAGACUUUAAUCAAGUUAAAUUUGUUUAUCCAAGUCGUCCAACAGUUCUUGUUCUUAAUAAACUUCAGUUAUCUAUUAAAUCAGGUCAACGUAUAGCUCUUGUUGGUGCAUCCGGAUGUGGAAAAUCAACCAUAGUUCAAUUGUUAGAACGAUUUUAUGAUGUUACACAUGGAGAAUUGACUCUUGAUGGUGUUGAUAUUCGACAAUUAAAUCUUCAAUGGCUUCGUUCUCGUUUGGGUGUUGUUAGUCAAGAACCAGUAUUAUUUGAUUUAACAAUUGCUGAAAAUAUAACAUAUGGAUUAGAAAAUAUAUCAAUUGAUGAGAUUAUUCUUGCUGCAACUAAAGCUAAUAUUCAUCAAUUUAUUCAACAAUUACCUCAAGGUUAUGAGACAAAAGUUGGAGUAAAAGGUAGUUUUUUAUCAGGUGGUGAAAAACAACGUAUUGCUAUUGCUCGAGUUCUUAUUCGUCGACCUAAAAUAUUAUUAUUAGAUGAAGCUACAAGUGCCAUGGAUCCAUACAAUGAACAAAUAGUGCAAGAAACUCUUGAACAAGCUCAAACAGAAGAUCCUAGUCGAACAUCAAUUAUUAUUGCACAUCGUCUUGCAACAAUACGUUCAUGUGAUUUAAUACAUGUACUUGAAAUGGGUCGUAUAGUAGAGAGUGGUACUCAUACAGAACUAAUAGAAAAACAUGGAAUUUACUAUAAAAUGUUAAAUGCUCAAAACAACGUACAAUAA